UAGUCUAAGUUCUGACGUCAUAACAUGGCGGCGACCUGUAGCUAAUCGGAUUCUUGAGAAGUGUGAAUACUUUCGAAGCCUAUCUCUUCACCAGGAGCUACUUGAAACUCUAUUUUGUGUGCAACUGUUGUCAUCAGACCACGGAAGAAGUAUCUAUUUGUGGCAGCCCAAAACAGGUGAAAGUUGGACAUCGUCAGCCAGAGGCUAAAGCAAACUCUGUGGGUUCUACACAGGCACCUCCUGAUUUUAAGGAUACUUUGGUCUCCUGUACUGAGCAGUUACCUAAAGAGGAAAGGCACUGUUGUCCAGAUAUUCCUGAAGGGUGUCGAGAAGAUAGUGUUCCAGUCAUAAUAGAUUCUGCUCCCGACAGUGCUGAGCAAGAGGAAGAGAAUUUAAAGGAAGCUAAACCUUCAGCCCAAGAAGACUCGCACAUUCUUUCGGAGGAAGACGGUGUCCAGGCCGACUUUGAAGAAUCUUUGGUGGAAUUUUCGAGUCAGUCCAAGACAAAGGAAUCACUUUCUGGUUGUACGCAACAGCCACUACCAACUGAGGGUUGUGUUGUUGAAGAUCUAGUCUCUGAGGUUCAAGUGCCAUUAGUGCAAGUAGAGCCACUCAACGUGGUUUGUUCAGAGCAGGAAAGAGAUACUACAGACACCAGCGCAAGUGACAUCUCGCUCCUCAAACAAUUAAAGGGUGAUUCAACAGCAAAAGAACCUGUGGAUAAGUCAGUCGCAGCUGAAGAGUCGAAGUUUGAAUGCAAACCUGAAGGACAAGACAGCUCUGAACAAGUGCAGGAUUCUAGGACAGGUUCUAUAGAAACAGAGGUUAUUAGUGACUCUCAAGAACUGGAAAAGAUAACUGAGUGUGAUCACAAGGAAAGAGAUUUGGCAGACACUGUUGGUGAAGUCAAAGACAAGAAAGAUUUGAUUCAAACCAGUGAGCAGACAUUUUGUUCCCAUAGUCAAGACAGUGACGAUAGAAGUGCUUUCGCUAAGGAAAAGGAAAGCUCCAUAGAAGCUUGUACAAGUAAGGAAUCCGAGGAGCAGAAGAUCUCCAAGAUGUCGACUGGUGACUCUACUGUAGAGACACAACCGCCACCAACAGAAGCCAUGAAUGGCAUUGGCACUCUGGACACUGGCAGUGAUCUUCUGGAGCAGGCUGCUAAAGAAUGCCUAGAUAACCAGGAUACCCUUGCUGCUGACCUCUUGGAAGAUGUAGACUCAGAAGAGGAUGAGGAUGGAGAUACGGAUGAGGGCAAUCUGGAGGCAGCAGUGGCUCCCACCAACACCCCGGUGAACGGGGACUCUGGGCAGGCCUCUCCUGUCAUGCAGAGUAGCUCUGACAGCCUGAGCGAUGAUGCUCAGAAGCAGCAGAAAGUUGCAGCCACAGCACCUGCUGGAAAGACAGUCCUCACCAUGGCACCAGGAGCAGCAGCCAAAUCAAUGGCAGACACGAAGGGAAAAAUGUCUGCAAGAGAAAGCAAGAAGGAGGAGAAGAAAAAGAACAAGAAGAAAGAGGAUAAAAGUAUAGAGUACAUCCUCCGAGCCCUAAACAGCCUGCAGAGCCCUGAGGAAAAGCUGGCUGCCUUGUGUAAGAAGUAUGCUGACCUGCACGAGGAGCACAGGGUUCUGCAGACCUCAUUCAAGACCCAGCAGAGAACAAUGGCCGUGGUCAUGCGAGAAAAAGAUCAGCUGCAGUCAGAGCACACCAAGGCUAUGAUGGCCAAAAGUAAACUGGAGUCCUUGUGCCGGGAGCUCCAGAAGCAGAAUAAGAUCAUCAAGGAUGAGAGCAUAAAACGAGCUCGUGAGGAGGACGAGAGAAGAAAAGAAAUCUCGGCUCAGUUUCAGACAACGAUUGGAGAGAUCCAAACACAAAUGUCUGACAACACGGAGAGGAACUCUAAGCUGCGUCAGGAAAAUGGAGAGCUGGCGACUCAGCUGCAGAAUAUCAUCAAGCAGUGUGAUGCUAGGGAAACUCAAAUUGACAAGGUGCGCAAACAACACGACUUGGAGCAGCAGCUUGCAGAAGCAAAAUUGUCCAAGGCAGAACUGCAGUUGAAGGAGGAAAGGGAACGCAAUGCAAGAGAAAAAGAACUGUUGGUGCAGAAAUUUACAGAACAAGCGAAGAAAAAUUCCAUGCUAGAAGCACAGGUGGAAAUGUUCAAGGAACGCUAUGAUGAUUUUGAGAGGCUUCAUUCUCGCAGCAGUGAAACCUUCCAAAAGUACAAAACAGAAAUGGAUAAGAUGACCAAAAGGAUUAAGAAACUGGAGAAAGAUGGAAUUCAGUGGAAAGCGAAAUGGGAGGCCAGUAACAAAGCCCUGUUGGAGAUGGUUGACGCUAGAAACAAGUCGGAGAAGGAGACGAUUACCUACGUUCAAAAGUGCAAGAAGCUGGAGUCUUUGUGCAGGGCGUUGCAGGGGGAGCUUCACGGGAAGAAGCCAGCGUCUGAGACUUCUGGUGACUUGGAGGCGAAUACAGAUCAUGUUCGGACAGAAGAUGACGCCCCGCCAUCAUCAACAGCACCCCCGAAUUCUCCAGAUUCCUCAUCAACAGAACAGUGUUGCUCUGACCCGAACCUCCCCUGCUCUAUAGCCGAGUCAGCAGCAGAACCCUCUCCUCAAAUUUCCUCGACAAAAGCCUGCCCAGGAGACGUGCCCGCAACGUCGUCACCUGUAGUGCCCUCUCCAUCAUCGUCACCAUCGUCAACCACAGCCACCCCAUCAACAUCGUCCAACUCAAAUCCUGAGGUGGGAAAUGGUGCUACAAAUGCAGCUAGUGGGAGCGUGGAGUCCGGUGCGGCAACGGGAGCUACUGCUGAGACACCGAGUGGAGGGGAGAGCAUGUGUUCUGACAAGAGUAGCGAUGUCUCAAACACGCAGCCGAAAGAUCCAGCGGAGACGGCCGCUUGCUGACGGAGAAUCUUGCCUGCUUUCCCUGUUUGAUGUCUCUGCUGCUUUUCUCAAUGCAAGUCAUGUAUUAUUGUCUCUGUAACAAGAAAAAUGUGUUACCUUAUUUGACUCUACUGUCCAGGGUACUUGGGGGAAAAAAAAAUUGUGGGCUACUCAUUUUGCUUGUGACAGCGACAAUAUGUGAUGGGAGGACUUUCUCCCCGCCCCCUUCUCUUCCUGUCCCAAAAGUGAAGUUAGAAAGGCUGUCCGUAGUGUGUAGUUUUUUCAAGAAUUUUUUUCUUUUUUUGACUUUGUGUACAUUUUUAAUCCUUUCAGAUUCAAAUAGUGAUUACUGAGCGCAUGAAAAUCCCAUAAUUGUUUAGGAGUAUUUUUCUCCUGUGUUCACGUUCAACACUUUCUGCUUUCCAUUGAAAAAUUCUUUUUUUUUUUCAAAAUUUUAUCAUAAAAAAGGUUUUUCAAAUGCCACAAACUUGCGUUAUUUCCCACUUCUGACUACUUAUCUAUUGUUUUGGUGGUUUAAAAAAAAAAUUGAAAUAGAUUCUACUAAUAUCGAUCUGGAAAUUGAAAACUUAAGGCAAAACUCCCGGAAAACUUUUUUCAGAAGGUGGAACAAUGCAAUGUGCUCCUAUGGAGAUGUGGCAUUUUAUUGAUACAUUUUAGCUUGUUGUCUUGUGGAGCUGGGCUGGUUGUAGAUCUAUAAUAUAUAAUUAUUAUCUCUAUUAUAAUAAUACUGCUUUCAAAACCUCCAUAUCGUUGGGUUGGAUUUCUUUCUCACAUAGUUUUGGCUUCCAUUUUCAAUAUAUUUAUGUAUAUCAUUGGUAUUUUCCUACAGUAACCAUUUUCUCAACACACUUUCCCACCUCUCUCGCACUUAUUGUUUGAUUGGGAAAAAAGGUGACAAAUUGAACAAAGUAAUUUGAUGGAAUAUAGUUUUUCCCAGUGCCAACUUUGAUGAGGUCAAAGUUGUUUUUGGUUUAUUUUAAUAAUUAUUAUUUUUAUUUAUUUUUUCUCGUUACAAUGGUCAGAUUUUGUGUGAACUUGCAUAAUUUAUCACCAUAGUUUGUUCUCUUUCGUCUGGCUGUGGUUAAAACUUGGUAAAACCAAAUCACUCCAUUUAAUCUUCUCAGGCCUUUGCAUGCGGGUCUGAUAGUUUGAUGACCAACAGAAUCUAGAAGGCCAUUAAAUGAAGGUUGCUGCAAACUAAGGUAUCGAUUCGACUCUUUUGAUGUUAGCCUAAAGCUAAUCAAAAAUGUUUGGAGAUUAACACAUACACACCCACCAAAAAAAUAAAAAAGUUAACCUCUUUUCAUCAACACAACAGUUUAAUGCUCACCUUUGAAACAUGGUCAGAUAGACGGAUGUGUACUUUUCGAGACUCAAGUGGAAACAGUCGAACACAUCUUGGAAUGAAAUCGACACGCUUACAUAUUGAAAUGUGGGGAUAGGUUGGUGUCGCUGUCUCAAAAUGAGCAAUUUGUAGGAUGGAUUACUGUGUAUCAUUUAUUGCAGUGAUCCUGUGCAUGCACCCAAAGGGCGGUAUUUAAUGUAGGGCCCAAAUAAAGAAACUUUUUUAUUACUAGAUUCAGAUUUGUUUUAAACAUAUUUUUGUUUGGUCGAUGGCCUACAAGAGCACUAUGCAGAGUUCCAUGCUCAUCGUUUAAUAAAAAAUUAGCUGGAAUUUUUUUUAACAUGGACAGAUGAAAGUGAACAAGCUAUACUAUACUAGAGCAGCACCUCAGAGUGGAAAAAUUCUCAGGUCUUCAUAUUUUCUGUGGCAAGUGCGCUGUGAAAAUUUUUUUUGUUUGAUGCACUAAUUCAUUUUUAUGAGAUUUAGUUGUUCUUACUUCUUUUUUUCUUUUUUUUUUUAUUAAAUAAGAUCAUGGGAAAAAUGAAGUGCUUUGACAAGAUCAACGCUGCCAGAUGUAAUGAGUUCUUGUUGGCGAAGAUACAAAGUUUUCAACAUUUUUCAUUUAGUAUGAUGUGAGCAUGCCAAAUGUGGAUGUGGCUUUGCGUAGUUUGGAAUGGAACAGACUAAUUUGGUGUAUCCUAACGGCCGAUAUUUGUGAAGACAUGUGGAAGGGGGUGGAGUUGUGCUGUGGCUAGUAUUGACAGUUGUUUUGCUGUAUGCCUUGUAGUGACGUGAGUAGAGACUGGCGUCUGUUGGGAUGGUUUGGCUCUUUGCCCUGCUUGAAAGAGACACGGGGAGUGAUGUUAUAUUCUCCAGGUUUGCCGUCUUUGCGCUGGAAUGCUGUGUCGCACUCAGUCACGGAGAUAGGCCCUGACAGAGAGGGUUGGAGUUGCCCGCCUCUUAAACGAUUUACUAAUUAAAGCGCUCUGAGGUCCCACUACCGUUGUCAACUAGAAGUGCCAAGUUUAGACCUUGAGGUAAAUUUACGAAAGCCUACGACUGGUUUCUUUGAGCUAGAUCUACCUGGCACGCAUCAUGUUUUUUAGGAUAGACCAUGAGUUCAUUUUUUUUUUUAUAGUCUCUUUUAGAACAGAAUUGGUCUAUUGGCUGGUUUUAUUUAGUUACUUCAGGAGAAUCAGGGGACACAAUGAAGUUGAAACUUGGACAAAUAUCUUUUCAAUUUUUUUUCUCAAAAAUAUUACGUAAAGAAAUCCUUGUUUAUUAUUUUUUUUAAACGGAGAGUAUUUUAGGGGGUCAUUUCACGUUCUAAAAAUUCAGGACAGUUUCAUAUAGUAAAAACUGUUGAAUAAUCUGUCGGGGGGGGAGGGGAGGGGGGGGGGGGGGGGUGAAGAAUUUGCUAGUUUUAGUUUAGUAAGGGGAGACAACAGUUACUUGUACGACCUUAAUUCCAAACUUUGAUUACAGAAGGAAACUGGGAGCCAAAUUCAGAAUUUUCCAAAGAUAGGCCAGAAUGACCCAGUGGCUUGUGGGUUUACGUGUCCUGAACUGUUGUUGCGAGUAUCUAUUUAUAGCAGCAGUUGGAUGAUAAGAGAUUCACUCAUUUUAGCUUUUUGUCUUUUUCUUUUCUUCAGAAAAAAAAUUCUGCCUAGAUCUAACUUCUAUGGCAGUCUUGUUUUUGUGACAUGACUUUGAACAGCUAUGAUUUUCCCCGACAGGUUCCCUGUAUUGCUAAAUGGUUGCAUAAAGUGUUUGUGGCAGUUUUUAAGAAACGUACUCAUAAUUAUUUUUUUGAGUAGUGUUCUAAUUCUUGUCCUUUUUUUUUUUAAGCUCCUUGAUUUUUGUUUCUAAUAAAUUAUUUACACGCAAUCUCAUUUAUGUAAAGUGUGAUUUCCAACACUUAUAUCUGAGGUGAUGUCUGACAGCUCUGCCUUUCCAUCACUGGUGGCCUGUAUAUUUCCUUGGUCAUGUGAAUGUUGGCCACUGCUUUGAGUUUAGAGACUGCAAGGACUCUAUAUGAGUAACAAAGGAGAAGAAAGCCGAAUGAACAAGUUGUCAGAUCCAUCAUGCACUCUGUGCAUUUGUGUUGUUUGGUUGUGCUGUUUGUUAAAGUGCCAGUUGGCAUUUAUAACUCACUGAAUCCGUUGAUCGCGCAUAAUAGCGAUAUUUUCCUAUUUGUAGACGACUCCUUUCUUCGUAGAUGUUUGAUUUCAGCUACAUUAUUUUUUAAAAAUCCAAUACUUUUGCAAACACGUGAUAAAAGUAGAUACCAUUUAUUAGCUCUUCUCUUCCACUUUUGUGGCUUGCCAGAAAGAACUCGUCAGCACAAGAAAUGGAAUUUCUACGAAUUUUUUAAUUGCAACUACAUGCAGAUUGCUCAGUUCCAUUGUUUGCCGCUAACUUAGCUCAAGAGAUUUUCCAUUUCCUCUCAUUCUGUCUGACUUCCUACACAAAAUCGUGAUAGAUGUACACUUUUUAUUAGUUUAAGUAUCUAUCCCAUUCUAAAAUUGUGUCAAAAUUUGAGCCAAUUUCAGGCCUAAAUAAGAAAGUUAUAGCUUUAAUGAAAACAUACCCCUUUUUUACAUAUAUUUGAUAGACGGUAGUUCAGCACGUGGUACAUGAUACCUGUUUGUGGAACUGCAAAGUAGCUAUGGUGCUUCUUAAUGCUCUACAAGUGUUGAACUGUCUACUGGCAUCUAAUUUUGUGUUGCAAUUUGUAGAGCUCUUGACCUUUCUCGCCAGCAAAGACACAGGCUUGAUUCUCAAGUGGGGAAGAUAUUGUGCAUGUAUCGAGUAUCUUCCUCUUUCUGCUAGGAUGCUGGGUUAUACACAGCCAGAGUUGGCCAUGAUUCAGGGUGAAAGCAGCCCGUCUAUACAUCUUUUAAAAUCAGGUUGAUGUUUUACUGUUGGUGCUCAGUAGAUGUCGAGGUCUGUGGUAUGACAGUUAGGCUCUUCUGUUGACACUGCUUGCAAAUGAUGUGAGUUUUAUUUUGAUCUCUGCAAAAAAAGUGUAUUUUGUCCAGUGUCUCGUGCAGCUUUUUUUUUUCGGGGAUUCUGUGUCUGUCUCAGUUUGGGUUGGCCCUGAUAGAGGCAAAGUCAAAGCAGCUGGUCUCGUAAAGUAGGCCUGAAUGAAUUUUCAAUUUGAAGCACAAAACUUUUACACAGGCAGCCAGCAGAUGUAUGUAGUGUGUGUAGUCUGACAAUAUGAUGUGUGUAGCAACCGGCAGAAUGUGCUCCGAGUCUGAGACUUGCUGUCUUUCUCUUGAUCGUCUUCCUCUCCUGUCUCUCCGUCUGCCCCUCAUCCCAACCCUCUUACCAACCUUGUGUGUUGCUUUGUGGAUUUUUAGAAGCAAUACUCUGUUUAUGUAUGGGUGAAAUAAAAUUAAUUUUUAUAUGGCUUUUA